CGUCGUCGUGGAUGUGCAUAUUUUGGGCCGACAAGAGGUGUGUAUUGUUGAGUUGCUGAGCGAUCGCAGCAUUAUUACGCUCGCGUGUUGAAAAAUCCCGUUCGAUCGAGCGCGAGUGCCCACAUAUUGCAUUGUGUGUUGUUGUUUUGUUGACAGUUACGUGCGUGCGGUAUUUUGCCGUGGCUUUCUUUUCCGUCCGGUGUUUUUUUUUGUUUCCCAGUUGCGAGUGAAAAUAAUAGUGCCAACAAACGAAGGGAUCGCACGAAGCAAAGGCGCGCAGUGAGGAAACCUGAAAGAAGAACCGAGUGAUCGUAUUGCUCAGCAAGAAAAAUAAAAUAACACAGAGAAUCUGGUUGAAUCGUGAUCGGGUGUGGUGUAAACAAGCGAUGGUCGAGUGAAGAAAUGGCCAAGAAGAAAUUGGAGAAUACCUCGAAAAACGAGUGAAGCCAACCGAGCGCCUCGCGGUGAUCAUUUGUGAGUGAGAACACGGGAACAAAAGAGGAAGACCAAAGUUGUCCGGAAGGGCCGAGAGAAUCGGGAGAAUCGUAGACUGAACCGCACACACAUUGGUCCGCACAAACGUAAAUCUAACGGGUUUUUUUUCGGUUUAAGUGCAUGUGGUCAGCAGCAGGAGCUGCUGGGCUGAUUUAUUGGAUUUAAUUACCGCGUUGCGUUUUGUGUUACCACGAACGAAGGGCUUCAGUCAGCAGCAACGCAACCACACGCGAAGGGAAGAAACGAGUGACGAGAAGCAAUCUGUUUUGAAACGAAAAAGGAGAAAAGAAAAAGAAAAAAAAAGACGAGCGAAGUAAGAAGAAAGCUCAACAAGUGUCUUAUGGUGGUGUGGAAUUGAAUUCUUGUGUUGCAGAAAAGUGCAUGAUAAAAACAAGUGGAAAGAAGUGAAGGGUAAAAAAAGUGCGUCAAGUGCUGCAUGAAAGUUAUCAAGUGAAAGAAGAAAAAAAAACGCGCUGAGAGAUGAAAGAGAAAAGAAUGCACAACCUGGCUGCAGUUGUUGUAGCGCCAAAAAUGUGUGACCUACUUUUGGCGGUCGCUUUUGUGGCACUUUUCAGCGCCUCGGUCGGAGCCGCUCAGAGGCAGCCUGUGUUUAUCAACAAGUGCUGUCGGGUUGGUGAAUAUUACGACGAGUCGCAGCAGCUUUGCGUAGCCGGUGGCAUCCAGAAGUGGGUUCCGAAAAUAUUUCUUCCAGCGAAAAACCAAAUCUACACCGAUGUGGGCAACGCUCCGGCCCAUAUGAAGUUCCAGGAGAACAGACGACCCGAGGGUUGCAAGAUUACCGCCUACACGACGGAUCAGGUGCUGCUGAUGGGCAAUGGGUCACUGUUCCUCAGCCAGAAGCACUCCCUCGUUUCGUCGCCCGAGUACUGUGUGGACGAGAAAGUUGCGCUCGUUUGUGCCCGGGACAAUGGCAUGGAUUCGCUGCAGGCUCCCGAGAAGACCAGCAGUGUGUGGCGCUGCUGCGGGCCAAGUUUCGCCUAUGACGAGAGCAAUCAGACGUGUGUCAAGCUGAACCAGUCGCACGUUAACUACAGCUCGCGGAUUGUUACGUCCGCCCAUGUGGAUCUGAGCUUUCGGUUUCCCGACUGCGAGAAGCAUGCUAUUGCGGGGAUCUUCCGGCCGGAUGCGCUCCAGGAGGACACCGGCUCGGUGACGAUUGAUUCGGGCAAGAUCUUUGCCUCGCAUGAGUACUGUCUUGAGCAGGCACUGGAUGGGAAAAGUGUGUAUGUGUUUUCCUGUGUGGAGCAUCUGCAGCCGGAUUCGGUGCCGAUCAAAAAUCAGGACAUUAAGUUCGCCCUCUACGCAGCGGCCCUCCUCAUCUCGGUGAUUUUCCUCGCGGCCACUCUUGCCACCGGCUACCUGGUGACCUCGCAGCAUCACGUCCUGCACUGGCGCUGCCAGACGCACUAUGUCGCGUGCCUUCUCAUCGGGGAUCUCUUCCUGGCCAUCGUCCAACUGUCCAGGGAUUCCAUCACCGGUUCGGCCUGCACAAUGAUCGCCAUCACGAUGCAUUUCUUUUUCCUGGCGGCUUUCUUCUGGCUGAACACAAUGUGUUUCAACAUCUGGUGGACUUUCCGUGAUUUACGCCCGACGUCGCUGGAGAAAAGCCAGGAAAUUUGUCGCUUGCGGAUCUACGAAGUCUACGCCUGGGGUGUGCCACUGGUCAUUGCCGGCGUGGCAGCGAUUCUAGACAACAUGCCGGACACCGUCUAUCUGCGGCCUCGGUUUGGCGAGCGAACAUGCUGGUUCUAUGGUGACAUGGAGAUACUGACCUACUUCUUCGGUCCGGUCGGCAUUCUGCUGUGCAUCAAUUUGCUGCUGUUCGCCUCCACCGCCCGGCAGCUGACCUGUGGCCUAUGGAAGCGGGAUGAUGUCAAGUCCACCACGGAGCGCCGCGGUCUGGUUUCUUCUCCCUCUUACAGUGCUGCCCUGGGUCGUGUCUGCAUGAAGCUGGUCGUCGUAAUGGGCGUCACCUGGGUCGCCGAUGUGGCCUCGUGGGUCUUCGGUGGACCCGACUACAUCUGGCUCGCAACGGAUCUGAUCAACGCUCUCCAGGGAGUGUUCAUCUUCAUCGUCGUCGGCUGUCAACCGCAGGUCUGGUCCGCAAUAAAGCGUCUGUGGAACUCGAAAACGGGCCGUUCCCUCACCAACACCACCCACGGUCCGCAGCACUCCAGUUCCUCCCACGGGCUGCCGUCGAUGGGGGAGUCCAUUACGAACAACACCUGCACGAACAAUACGACCACGACGACCAACUCCCAGAACCGGGUCCCCAUGGAGACCGUCUGCUAGGCGGCACAGAGUGGAGGACACGAACGACGAGCGCCAGUGGGCUCGGACUGAUUUGGACUGAAAUUAACCUGCUACUAACAGUUUCGGGAACCCACGCACAAAACUCCAGUUCUUGACUGUGGGCGGUAAGCUUUCUCAUUUUUCAUCGUGUUUUUUGGAAAAGUUUAUAAUGCAUUUACAGCAGCAAUACCGCCAAUAAUAGGAGUAGUAGUAUACAACACAAUAAUAGUAUUUAAGCGAGAAAAUUAAAGCAGGAUUUUAAUUUUUGUGAUCCACCAACGCAUGAAGGGGAAUGGAACUUGGACUUUCGAUCGAUCGAUCAAUCGAUUAGCAACCAAAUGAACUUGUUUGGGCCAUAAGACAUGAGAGAAAGAUGGUGAACUGAAAUGAAAGCGAACAGUCUUUUAGUUUUUUUUAUGUACAUAUUUUGACUGCCGAUCCCGCGGAUGAUUAAGAUGCUUUUAUGUAUAUUUUUGAAGCAAGACUCCUCCCCCUCUAUCCCCCUCUUUUUUUUAAGGUUGUUUCCGUUUCAUGUUAAGAUGUUGAGCUUUAAUUAGUAGGAUAACCCAAAUCUCUCAAACAUUUAUCUUUUAAUCCACUGACUAACACAUCCCGAGAGGGACUUGUUUGAUCGCCUCCAGUUUAUUUGUUCGUUUGUAAAUAUUGUAAUAUUUAUUCAUUGUGCUCUAGUUUAAGCAUGACUCACAGAGAGAGAAAGGCAACAGACCAGAAAGUAAAGAACAAGCGAAAGUCGUCGGCACAAAUUUUCGACUGAAGUAUAACCCAAACACACAAACAAAUUUGACGUUGUUUACACGAGAACUUUUAUUCGAAACUUUUUGACGCGUAUCAUAUAGACAAACAUAACACGAAUAUCGAAGCAUGUUUUUUGGAGAUAUUUUAUCCUUUGAGACGUUCUACAAAAUGUGUAUCACUACUGUCGAAAACGCAUAACCGAUAUGAAUACAGAGUUCAAACAGAUAUAUUAAACCCCUUUGAAAUCGUAGCAGAGGUUAUUAGAGGAAAGUCCUCCCACCGCGGUAAAAGUGAUUGAUACAAACUAACUCAUACAGAUCGAACAUAAUCAUCAUUAUUCAUCGAUUCAUUUAUUCGCAGCCGGAACACAAAAUCCCAAUGCUAUACGAAACUGUAACGAAACACCACUGUCGCACUAUCUCUAGUCCAAACAAAAAAAAAACAGAAACAAAACUCCAUCAGUAUAUUAUAAUCUAUCAAACACCGAAUCGCAGCAGCUAGAACAAUUCUAUCAGUAGUUAUUCGAAUUCCUUCCACUUCUUAA